GUCAGGAAGGACCGCCUUUUCCGGUGUCACAGUUAUUCGCUUCUUGGGCUCCAUGGCUUCGCUGGGAAGGCAGGUUCCUGAAUGGCAUCGUCUAAUGGCCCUUUCCUGGGCCUGUUUGGCUAGGCAGACCUGUCAUUUCAGAAAAGAGAAAAAGAUGAGUCCUUCUUUGUUUUGUAAACUGACUACAGUACCCAGUAGAGGGAACUUUCAAGAGUUUUCCAGCGUUAGACCCAAAAAUUACAUGCAGGAACCUGAACAGAGGACAUGUAUGGGUUCUGAGUCCUUGGAGCUUGAAAGGGCCAUCAGUUCCCUCCAGGACAUGGGUUUUGCUGAAGCCCAUAUUGACAGCUUGCUUAAUAUACAACCAAGUAUCCAUCCUCAACAGUUGCUGGACAUAAUUUCAGAACUUCUACUCUUGGGGUUGAACCCAGAGCCUGUAUUUAUGGCCUUGAAGAAAAAUCCCCAGUUGCUGAAACUGUCUGCCACGCAAAUGAAGAGGCGUUCCAGUUACCUUCGGAAGCUCGGCCUUGGAGAAGGGAAACUGAAGCGGGUGCUUUCUGUUUGCCCUAAGGUUUUCACCAUGCGUCAGCAGGACAUUGAUAAUAUUGUAAAAGUCCUCAAGGAGAAGUGCUUGUUCACAGUACAGCACAUCACUGACAUUCUGCACAGAUGCCCAGCUGUUUUGCAGGAGGACCCCAGUGAGCUAGAAUACAAAUUCCAGUAUGCAUAUUUCAGGAUGGGACUGACACAUCUAGACAUUGUCAGGACCGAUUUCCUACAGUAUUCAAUAGCCAAGGUCAAGCAGAGACACAUUUACUUGGAGCGCCUUGGACGGUACCAAACCCCUGAUAAGAAGGGGCAGACACAGAUCCCUAAUCCCUCACUGAAGAACAUACUCAGAGUUUCUGAAGCUGAGUUUUUGGCCAGGACAGCCUGUUCCUCUGUUGAGGAGUUUGAAGUUUUUAAAAAGCUCUUGGAUCAAGAGGAGGAGGAGUCUGAGAGCCAUAUGUCUGAGGAGGAGGAGGAAGAGGAAGAAGAGGAGGAGGAGCUGCCGUGACAGAGCACUGGGAUGUCAGAGGUCAUUCUCAUGUUCCUGAAGCGCUGGGGAGCUUCACCUGGAUCUUCUCAAGCACUUUUGAUCCCAACACUGGUUUGAUACAGGAAAAAACAAAAAAACAAAACAAAACAAAAAAACCCCAGCCAACCUGCAGUGAUCUACUGGAGAUUCAGGUAAAUCCACCAAAGCAAAUGAGGGGCUUUUUGAGUUCUGUGGGGGGCCCUACUCCAUCCUAAAUAAAGGACUCAGCUGUCAAAAUCUAGGGAAUGCAACCCAUCCA